AUGGUCGCCAACACCAACCAAGACGGCCUGAGGUCGUCCAAGCGAGGCAAGCUCGCGUCGUACAUUCUGUCGCAGUUCUCGAGCUCCCAGAACCAGAAUCAGCAAGGCAACAUGGCACGCCAUAAUCUCGAGUACAUGAACGAAGGGCGCCAUUCGCUAGAUAGCGAACAUAACGAUUAUAACGAGUUGCGGGAGGCGUUGCUUCAGAAACGAGGCCUGACGGGCGCCCGCUCGCAGAUCCAGACCAUCAACUUCCACAACCUGCGCUUGUUGCAGCUUCCGACGGAGGUUUUGCUUCAGGUGUUUAAGUACUUGGAGAAAUCGGAUUUGUACCUGUUGCUUACGGUGUGCCGUGAGUUGAGCGAUUUGAUCGUGGAGAUACUAUGGUUCCGUCCGAAUAUGCAGAGUGACCUGCCUUUCCAGAAGGUCAGGGAGGUCAUGAAGCUCCCGAGGCUGGAAACUCACUGGGACUACCGCAGCUACAUCAAGCGUCUUAACUUGUCGUUUAUGACGAAGCUCGUGGACGACGAGUUGCUAUACCUCUUCUGUGGAUGCCCCAAGCUUGAGCGUUUGACCCUUGUCAACUGCACGAAGCUCACAUACGCUCCAAUUGCCCAGGUGCUCAAGAACUGUGAGCAUUUGCAGUCCAUUGAUAUGACAGGCGUUCAGGAUAUCCAGAAUGACAUCUUCUACGCGUUAGCCCAACAUUGCACGAGGCUUCAAGGUCUCUAUGCACCAGGCUGUGGAAACAUCCUGGAAGACGCCAUCAUCCAGGUCCUCAAGGCAUGCCCAAUGCUCAAAAGAAUCAAGUUCAACAACUCCGAAAACAUCACCAACAAUAGCAUUUUAGCCAUGUACGAGAAUUGCAGGCUGCUUGUCGAAAUCGACUUGCAUAACUGUCCCAAGGUCACCGACAAGUACCUCAAGGGUAUCUUCAGUGAACUCUCACAGCUUCGUGAGUUCCGUAUCUCCAAUGCUCCCGGCAUCACCGACGACUUGUUCCUGCUGAUUCCAGACGACCAUUUACUCGACAAGUUACGCAUAAUUGACGUCACUGGCUGCAAUGCUAUCACCGAUAAAUUGGUGGAGCGUAUGGUCCGUUGUGCCCCACGUCUUCGAAACGUCGUUCUCUCCAAGUGUAUGCAAAUCACAGAUGCAUCGUUGCGCCACUUGACCAAGUUAGGCCGUUCGUUGCACUAUGUCCAUUUGGGCCACUGCGCUCUCAUCACCGACUUUGGCGUCCAGGCGCUCGUCAGAUCGUGCCAUCGCAUCCAGUAUAUUGAUCUAGCGUGCUGCUCACAGCUUACAGACUGGACGUUAAUAGAGCUACUGGGACUCCCCAAGUUGAGAAGAAUCGGGCUCGUCAAGUGUAACCUUAUCUCGGAUUCGGGUAUCAUGGAGUUGGUGCGCCGUAGAGGUGAUCAGGAUUGCUUAGAGCGUGUGCAUUUAUCUUACUGUACCAAUUUAACGAUUGGCCCCAUAUAUUUAUUGUUGAAGAACUGCCCACGUCUUACGCAUUUGUCCCUCACGGGGAUUUCAGCAUUCCUUCGUCGUGAGAUCACCCAAUACUGCCGUGAUCCACCUCCAGACUUCACCGAAAACCAAAAGCUGUCGUUCUGCGUCUUCUCUGGCCACGGCGUGGUUCAACUACGCAACCAUCUCGAUACCAUAAUGGACCAGAGAGCAUACAUUUUGGAGCGCUACGGGUUCCAGGAUGACGUUGCACCAGCAUACUUGCCCGAUAGAAGAGUACAGCCUGAUGCAAGAUUCACACCAGCGCCAGGCGAGCCCACCCAAUAUCCUACGUCUGAGCAGCUCAAUCAGCUCCGCAUGGCCGGACCAGGCGUGUUAGGUAACCCAGGACCCGUAGGCGGGUUUGCGGGUGCCGGCGAUGGGCGUAACAUAAUUAAUGACGACGAGAUGACAACAUGGGCAGCCCAACGUGGGUUGGGAGAAUUGAGAAGAGUGAGAGAUGCUCCAGCGAGAGAAGUGCCUGCAAGAGAUACGCCAGUCCCCAUGAGACCAACUAACCCUGCAAUGCUCGAACACGAUGCCAUAUUCGUACAGCUCAUGGCACCUGAUGUGCAAGCCAGGCAAAGGUUCAGCCCCUUCCACAACCCUCUAGAUGCAAUGGACCAACGGAUCCGUGACAACCAAGCAGCCAUGCGGUGGGAAGAUAUGGGCGAGCCCGAGCAGGGAAACGACACAGUCAACGUGAGGCCUGGUAACGCUCCACAUAUCGCUCAAGCACCAGUUUUCGGUAAUGACGAGCCUAUGAACGGCGGCGACGAAGACUCGGAAAUGGAAGGCGUCGACUUGUUCCCGAGAAUAAGAUAA